UGAACAGACAAGUAAAGCGUUUUGUUCAGCCAUGACGUCACUUGAUGCGAUCGAGUGUCUAUGCGUCGUCAACGAGACGCCAAACGAACAACCAACUCUUGACUUAAACGGCACACGACAGUCCGUUUUUCAGUCGCUUGAACAUUGUUAGCGUUGAUCGUCAAACAACAUACUUUACAGUUUGCAUUGGACAGUGUAAUUUUGCCAUGCUAAAGUUAGUGCAAGCAGUCCUAUGGUUGCUUGGAAGUGGUUGGUGUUGUAUCAUUGCACUGGCCAGUAAUCGAGUAUACACUGUUCCUCUGGAUGAAUCUGGAGGCAUGACACUCUAUUGGACACUAGACCCGUCUGACCAAUCGGUUAUGUUCGAAGCCCAUUUAAAUGUAUCCAGUCCGUUUGAUUGGUGGGCUCUGGGAUUUUCAAAUCGUGGAAAUUACACUGAAGCAGACUUUUGUAUUAUGUGGGUCGACUGGAAAGGCCACACUAGUAUGGUGGAUGCUUGGGCUGAUGAUGUGGGAAGAUUAUUCAUAGACGAGCAGCAAGAUUGCACCAAUUUUGACAUAACUCGAUUUCACGAUGGCUUAAUAGCUUUAACAUUUUCAAGAAAGUUUGAUACUUGUGAUGACCAAAAUGACUAUUUAAUUGAAGGUGGAACAACUCACAUAGUUUGGAUGAUAGGUGGAGGCCCAUUGUUUGCUGUAAAUGGUCUAUUAGUAUCGCAAGCUAAAAAGAAAGGUAUGCAAAGAGUACAGCUGUUAAAACCUGAGAGACCUCCAGUAAAAUUACCUAAUAAGGUUUCUAAAAUUGAUAUUUUGGCCAACAAUGUUAACGUGCCUGCCGAAGAAACUACUUACUGGUGCCACGUGAUGAAAAUUCCUUUAGAUUUAUCGUUUAAACAUCACAUUGUUAGAUUUGAGUCAGUUAUUGAGAAAAAAAACAGAGGGGUGGUACAUCAUAUAGAAGUCUUUCAUUGUGAAGCCGGUGCUGGCAACAAUAUGCCUCUUUAUGAUGGACCAUGUUUUAAUGAAAAACGGCCAUACAAAACGCAAGUGUGUAAGAAAGUUAUAGCUGCUUGGGCUAUGGGAGCACCAGCUUUUGUUUAUCCUGAAGAAGCUGGCUUACCCAUCGGUGGACCAGAUUUCAAUGAAUUUGUAAUGUUAGAAGUACACUAUAAUAAUCCUGGUUUGAUUAAAGGUAUAGUGGAUAGCUCUGGUAUUAGGUUGUAUAUAACACCAAACUUGAGGAAGUACGAUGCCGCAGUAGUGGAGUUGGGAUUAGAGUAUACUGAUAAAAUGGCUAUUCCUCCUAAUCAAUCCGAUUUCACACUGAGCGGUUACUGCAUAUCCGAAUGUACUGCAGAAAGUAUACCACCCUCAGGAAUUGAAGUUUUUGGAUCUCAACUUCACACUCAUUUAACAGGUACGAAGAUCUACACAAAACAUGUACGAGAUGGCCAAGAACUACCGGAACUUAAUAGAGACAAUCACUACAGUACCCACUUUCAAGAAAUCAGAUUACUUAAAAGACCAGUUCGAGUACUGCCAGGUGAUGCAUUGAUAACUACGUGCCAUUUUAAUACAGAAUUCCGUCAAAACAUUACUUUGGGCGGAUUUAGUAUAACCGAUGAAAUGUGUGUUAACUAUGUUUAUUAUUAUCCUAAAACCGAACUGGAAGUAUGUAAAAGCUCAAUAAGUGAUCAAAAUCUUCGGACUUAUUUUAAGUUUUUAAAAGAAUGGGAGAGGCAACCAACAUCUACUGAACAAGGAAUAAGUGAUAACUACAAAGCAGUAGAAUGGACACCAAUGAGAAACCAAGUUCUACACAAAGUAUACGAAGAUAGUACGUUAUCAAUGCAAUGCAACAGAAGUACCGGUGAACGGUUUCCAGGGGAUUGGGAAAAUAGACCUACCACUAAAAUUUCAUACACUUUACCACCUCUAGCAAGAAACUGUCCAAAUUAAGUCGUUAAAUUAAAAACAUCUAGUAUAAGAGAACUAUGAAAUUAUUUUAAUUGCAAUAAAGAUAUAAUUAAAAUAAUACAUUUUUAUUAGCUUUACUUAUAAUUGCAUAUAUAUAUCUUAUUGAAUAGACACUAUUUAUAACUUAUAGUAUUAUAAAAUAUUUUUUUCUGAACUAUUAAUCUUAAAAAAAAAAAUAUAACUCUAAA